CCUGGCGCUUGCUGGACUUUCUUGGGCGCCCUGACGCCUUCUUCACCUCUCCAUUCUAACUCAGUCAGUGUGACGAAGUGACCUCCAGCUUCGUCCUCAUCGACACUCUCACCUGAGUUAACGAGAGGAUCACUGAAAUGACGCCAGCAGGUCCUUUUGUGGCAGGGCUGAGACGCGGUGGUUUUUUGGGGUGACGUUCAUUUUCGUGGCAAAGAGGGACUUUGUAAUUAAUUGCAGUUCAUCUGAUCCCUCGUCCUGACAUUCUGGAGGAGAUGCAAAUUGCCAUCAUAAAAACCGAGGCAGCAGACUUUGUGAACAUUCAUAUUUGUGUCAUUCUCGAAACGUUUGGCCACGACUGUGCAGACCCUUCAGCCAGUCCCGUCCACCUAAUCUCUCUCUCCAGAGUAACAUCAGGUCGAGAUGACGAGGGUCUCUAAAGUCCUCCUGUCCACCACACUACUUGCUGUCUGUGGUCCCUCUGUGUGGACUCACGUAGCCCGAUGUGUGCCUUUUGAGUUCAGGCCAUUGACUCCAUGCUUGGCCUGCUCAGUUUUCUCCCAGCGUACAUCCAUUUCUAUUUGCCAAAAGGACCAUGAUAGGUUCACUUGAGGUGGGUCAUCUAGGAUGGUUUGCUACCUUCUGUCCACUGCCACCACCAGGAUUGACUGCACUAUCCUGAGACCCCAUGGAGGUAGGAGGUGGCAGGCUUCUACAUGGAUAAGGGAGCUCAUUUACAGUCAGUCGCAGGUAAAGAAAGUCUGCCUUAACGUUUUAACAUCGUCCUGAAUGGAGCUGGCAUAGGGUACAAGGCAGGAGCAAACCGUGAACAGGGCGCCAGUCCAUCGCAGGGCAAACACACCCAAGUCACACAUUAGGGCCAAUUUAGAAUCGUCACUUUACCUCACCUGCACAGAAAAAAGUCACCCUGGAUUGUAAAGCAGACAUCUUGUCACUUCAUGACUACUGAACAGUGGCUGCUAUGUCCUACAUCGUGGAGACCUUUGAGAGGGGGGUCCCGGACUGUACAAGUCCUCUGGUGAAAGACCACUUGAACCCUCUGCAAUUUUCCAAUCGGGCCCAAAAGUUGGUGAUUUUGAAGGACUGGAGGCAGAGGACGGCCCAAAGGAAUCGACGAGCCAGUGGACGUCCGUGAUGACUGUGAGGUGGGCCGCCGAGUGAGGGGCGCUGUAUAAUAGAGACUCUCAAUCUGAGGCGUGAAGGGUCAUUGAAAUGUAGAGCUGAGCCUAACUGUUUCAGACGGUGAGGCGAGGGCAGACCUGGUGUUGGCGCUACAAGACGGCUUAACAGGUUGAUGGGACAUGGAAGAGGCUGAUGGCCAGAAUAAAGUCUAUACGGAUGUGAUCUUGAGCGAACUUCUAGGAGCUGAUUGCCAGCUGCCCAGUGUCUUGUCCAGUGAGCCAGCCCAGGAGCGCCCAAAUCCCAUUGCCUUGCUGCCCAUCACUGUCCAGAUCACCAGCAGUCCCUGCGUUUCUCAGACUUCUGUCGAGCAAACAUUUCCAAGCCAGCAGAGUGCCGAGUUUCACAUCUUUGACCAGAAUGGACAGCCCAUCAAGUGUGAGCGAAUGAUGAUUGUUGCCGGCCAGUCUGAGAAUGGCCAGGUUCUACAUGUCAUCCCGUCUCCCCAGUUGGGAUCAGCCCAGGUGUUGGUACCGCCAGGACAGGAGCAGGACUCAAGAGGUUGCCCUGAAGAGAAGCUGUCCCAUGUUGAAGAUGUGGCAUCUAAUUUGUCCUUGACCACCCUCAUCAAGAAUGAAGUGCUCAGUGCUGACAGCUGCUUCCUGGCACCUCCACAGCCCCUGCCCGCCAGUGCCCCCGCCUGGGCCCAAAGACUGCGUAGCUGUGAGAAAAUCGGGGAUUCGUACCGCGGGUACUGCGUGAACGAUUCUGAGCUGGAGAGCGUGCUGGCACUGCACAAGCAAUUGACGCAGAGCGUGUGGGGCACGAGGCAGUCGCCAAGUCCUGCCAAGCCUGCCACCCGACUCAUGUGGAAGUCCCAGUAUGUACCGUAUGAUGGGAUACCAUUUGUAAAUGCAGGCAGCAGGGCAAUUGUGAUGGAGUGCCAGUUUGGACCGAGGCGCAAAGGAGUUCAGAGCAGAAAAGGAGGAGAGACUGACAUCAGCUUCAACCAGAAGUAUAAGGCCACCUGUCCAGCCAGAAUUUACAUUAAGAAAGUCAGAAAGUUCCCCGAGCACCGAGUGCCUACAGACCCCAAAAUUGACAAGAAGAUUGUGCGGCAGGAGCAGGAGAAGGCCUUCUUCAACCUCAAGAAGAGCCUGUGGGAGGCCGGAGGAGUGCUGAGGUAUUACGUCCAGCUGCCCACCCAGAAGGCACACCAGUACCACGAUCUGGAGGCUCCUCACUUCCCCCCGACGUCUCCAAACCACCUACCGCCAGUGCCAGUGGAGGAGGAGCUCGAGGAGAAGGCGGAAGGUGACGAUGAAAGUUGCGUGCCCUCCCGUCUGCACCCCCGUGUGGCCGAGAAGAUCCGUGAGCUGGUCUCUCAGGGAAUGGACCAGGUCUAUCUGGUCAGAAAACAGCUCAGGAAGUUUGUGGAGCGCGAGAUGUUCAAGCCUGACGAAGUCCCAGAAAGACACAACCUGACGUACUUCCCUACUGUGAACGACAUCAAAAACCACAUCCACGAAGCGCAGAAGGCUCUCCAGCCCGACGGUGCAAAUGACCCCACAGCUCCAACGGAGACUCCGCUGCACUUUGCCGCCGACGCAGAGAACAAUCCCUUGGACACGGUCACCCUGACGCUCGCCCCAGCUGCUACAGAAGUAGGGGGCAUCUUGACGUCACCGCUUGGAUCUCUGGAGGUCAGUGAGACGCUUUCACAGGAGGCUGUGCAACUACUAGGCUCCUUCUCGACGCUACAGCCAAAGAUCCUGGCGCACAUGCAGCAGCUUCCGCCCACAUUUCCUCCCGCAGAGGGCGCUCCAAGCCUCCUGUCACUGAAUGCGCAGCCCCUGCCUGGGAGUCAAGUGGAGGACAUCCUGGAGAGCAGCAGCAUGCCCACCUCCCACCCGCCCCUGCUGACCCCCUCCCAAUUCCUGCAGCCCAGCGCCUCUCUGACAGACAGCAUGGCAGCUCCGCCCACCAUGGUCAACCUCACCGAGUCCGGUUUGUUCAGCAUGGGCCAGCUGGUCACUGUGUCCGCAGUGGGCGAGGGUCACCUGGCGGGAGGAGUCCAUCAGAUUCUCCUGGAGGACGGCCAGACAAUCCCGCUUCAGAUUGUGGGGGAUGACACUCCAGCCGCUCCAGUUUCCAGCUGCUUGGGCCCAGCGAGGGUGAAGGAGGAGGGCGAGCGCAGCGACAAGGCCUCGGUGGACUGACGGGCACGAGCGCACAGAGAAGACACAUCACCUCAGGUAUGCUGGGACCACACAGGAAGGCCAGCGUCCACAUCACCUCAGGAUUUCAGCCAUCAGGGUGGCGCCAGCCCCAUCACCUCAGUGGGCAGGUGCCAGCCACGUGACCUCAGGAACGCAGCCAGUGUGUCCUGGCUGGAGCAGAUGGACACCCAAGGACUGUACAGACUUUUGAGCUGCCAUUCAGGUUGGCACAGGUCCUCACAGGGCAGCACUUCUGUGUAUUUCGAGCUGGUGAGUGACCUGUGCCUAGGAGCAAAGAUUUGUGGAAACGGUGAGCUUUGUGUUAUGAAAUAAAAGUUUGCUGUCUCUUGA